CCCGCCAAGGCAACUACAUAUUAUUGUAGCCAUGCCGAUCUCGGAGAUCCAUAAGAGGGGUCUCCGGGACUUACUUGUGAACGAGAAGAACACCCACGUUCUGAUCCAGUUGGCCAAAGGCACCACGAAAAAUGUGUGCAAACCUGAGGAUCCAGAGGAAGCCCUCCGACUGCUCUCUACUUACAUCCCAGAUAUUUACAUCCUGCUCUCCAAGCGGGCGAUAACCAAAGAGCUCCUCUUCACGUAUCUGCACAGCCGACAACCGGAAUCUACCACAGAUUUUACCAAGGCAGACCUUAUAACGAAGGUGAUUCAGUACUGGGAAGAGGAUCAGGAGUCGAAGAGAUUGCUUUGUAGUGGCCAAACCGCCGUUGUCUCGGCUUACAAGCUGAGCGAAGAGGAUUACCCCAUUCACGCCAUUGCGAAGAAAUUCGGUGAGUGGUUCUUCGAGCGCUUCAAUUCAAACAGCCUGAGCCUGGUGGACCUGUGGACCGAUGCGGCACUGCACCUUACCAUUAUGGCCAGCGAUGGAAUCAACGAGUUGGAGUGCACGACGGCUGCUGAAGUGCUGUCGGCACUAACGAGCACCAAGGAACAGUUUGGCUUCCACUUCAAUCCGAACUUGACGCACGCCGGGAUUCAGGGCCGAAUGGAUUCUUACGGGCAGGUGGUGGUACUCUGCUGCGGCACUUUGCACACUUGCGAUAGCUGCGUCGGUGUCUUCGAGUGCGCCUUCGGUCUGCUGCGGGAUCCCUAUGCGCACAACAACUGGAAGCCCAAGAAAGUCAAGUGCUUGCUCAAAAGCGAGCUGCAGCCCCCGGAACUUCACAGCCUUUGCUUAAGCGAGACUCUGCAGGCAGCUCUGGAGCUGCCGGUGCCCACCGAUGAGUUGGACUGAGUGGGCUGUCAUUGUGUAUUAAUAAAAAAUGUAACUCACCUGUGGGCCGCAGCACAACUUACUUGGACAGAGCGAAAGCCCGUUAUCAAGUUCGUGAACGCUUUUACUUAAUCUUCUCACGAACUACAGCAGGCAGAAGCACUGGGAAGCCGUAGAAGAAAAUUGAUGACAGCCCAAACUGCAAGUUUAAAGAAAAUGUAUGUAUUAGCGACGAGCGGGUUGUGAAAGAUGAGCUGAAUCUGACUGUCGGUCAGAUUAAAGCUUAUAUGCCUGAUGCUUUCUUCGACUUGCCGAAGCCCCCUAUUCCUUGCAGCGAUAAUCUAUUUGUGGAAUUCAAGUCAAAGUCAAGAGAUUUGUAUACGGUUAAAUAAAUUUUAUAAGAAAAAAUUAUAUUAUUAAGCAAACGAUAGAUAGAAAAUAAUAUUUAUAAACAGACUUCGUCUAUUAAAAAACGUUAAAA